AUGAAUCGUUCUUCUGCACUUUCCAGCUAUGGCCAGAACCUGCUGAGCACCUUUGGGAUUGGGCAGUGGGCUCCCAGUGAGGUGGUGAACGUGUGGCUGGAUGAGAAGAAGUUUUACACGUACUCGCCUUUACCGGUUGCACAAUCAGACUUGUUGCUGCCCGAAUUCUUUCUGGAGGGAUUCGUCGCAAACAUACGAGAAAGCGAAAGCCAAGCCGCAAGCAUGGGGCCCCAGGGACCAGAGUCAACAGAUAGCGUCCUCCCCCCAACCACCGAGCUCUCUGCUCCUCCGCCUGACAUUUCCCCCGGCGCUACGAACAAGAAGAAGCGUCGGCUCAAGGUGAAACUCCCGGCAAUCAAGGACGUGCCAUGGAAGGGAAUGUUCUUAUAUGCGAUGGAAUGGAUGUCCAAUCCUAUCAACGCCGCUUCUUUCUUCUGGUGUGUCCUCGCGACGUUCGCCUUCGUUAUAGUCGUCAUGUGCGAGCUCGGCUUGAUGAAGAAUUACAUUCAUGACCAUGAGACGCUGGAGGAGGUGAAGGAGGUAUCCACUCAGAUCUUAAACGCUCUCUUCGUGCUCAUGUGCCUCAUUUGGCAUCCGGUCUUCAUGCGAGACGUGCUUCUGCUUAUCCGGUGGAAGCCGAAAGAUAAGUGGGAGAUUCGCGCCGAGUACUGUAAAGACGGGAAACGGAAACCCAACGAUCGCACGCACAUGGCGUUUGUCGUUUUCUGGCUGCAGCUAACGUGCUGGGCGACGUACGCCUUCGCAGCGGUCUUCCUGGUCUACCCUAUGGGUGAACGACCCAUGAGCCUGAUCAUCGUCACCACUGUCGUUUCCUUCGCCGCACCCGCGUUCGCCUUCCUCCAUCUGCUCCUGAGCCCUCUGAGCAAAGACUAUGACAUUGUGCGGGUUGGAGAGGGCGACGGGGCCAAAGUGCAGAUGUUUCAACGGAGUGCUACGUUUAUGGUGUCUCACACGAAGGUGGAGGACGCGCAAUGGGCUGGGUCGGUAGUCCCUGGGUGCUGCUCCGAGCCGCGCGUAGCGUGCCUGAGCUGCUUCUUCCCCUGCUGCAUGUUCGGGUACAACAUGGAGAGGCUUGGGUUUGGCCAUCGGAUUGUCCACGCGAUGAUGUUCGUUAUCAUGCUCAUCGGCCCGGUGUUGAUUUUCGAGCUCUGUGCAGAUGCCGUUCACGCGGAUCUCUCCAAAAACGUUCUCUUUUACUUAGGCGUUGCAAUUGCCAUCACCGGGCUUGCUUAUGGUGGUGCCUGGCGAGUGAAGAUUAGGGAGACUUAUAAGCUCCCCGGAUCCCGUUGGUGGUGUGGGAGCAGGCGCCUGACAGAUAUUUGCAUUUGGGUGUGGUGCUGCUGGUGUGCACUGUGCCAAGAGGUCCGGACCACGGAUCAGUAUCAGGUGGUGGAAAACUCGUUCUAUAGACGAGCAGGCGACAUUGAGAGUGGGUCUGGCGCCCCUGCACCUGCCGGGGCACUGGAUACAGUUCCUGAUGCUGAGGAGGAAGUGGAGGAAGAUGAGGAAGAUGAUGAAUUGGAUGCUCCUGCUCAUCAGACAAUGCAGAAGUGA